GAAGGCAAUGAGGGAUGGCCUUGGCCAGCUGCCACACACAUCAAGCACCCCAAACAGGAGUCUAGUCAGGACUGAAGAGGAGACCGCAGAGGCUUUUGAUAGGGGCAUGUGACUUCUCCAAACUCCAUCCAUCCAGUAGUACAAGCAGCAAUGUCUCGCCCUCCUGCUGCUCGCCUCUUGCUCUUCAUCUUUUCCUUUUGGUUUGGUGCUUCUUUCAUUCAGAUCUGUUGUGCACAAAGCGUGGUGGUUGAUCCAAAGUUGAAGUUUGAGAAUCCAAGACUUCGGCAAGCCUACAUUGCCCUCCAAGCAUGGAAGAUGGCCAUUUUCUCAGACCCCUUCAACUUCACCUCCAACUGGGUUGGUCCCCAAGUCUGCUCCUACAUGGGUGUGUAUUGUGCCCCUUCUCUCUCCAAUCCCUCCCUCAAAGUGGUUGCUGGCAUCGACCUCAACCAUGCGGAUAUCGCCGGUUAUCCCUCUGAGCUGGGCCUCCUCUCCGACUUGGCUCUCUUCCAUCUCAACUCCAACCGCUUCUGCGGCAUUGUUCCCAGCUCUUUGAAGCGCAUGAAGCUCCUCUACGAGCUGGACAUCAGUAACAACCGCUUCGUGGGGAGCUUCCCCAAUGUGGUGUUGUCCAUGCCCUCCCUCAAGUUCCUGGAUCUCCGAUUCAAUGAGUUCGAGGGUCCAGUUCCAUCCCAGCUCUUCAAUAAGGAUCUGGAUGCAGUUUUCCUCAAUGACAACAGAUUCCAUUUCGGCAUCCCUCAGAAUCUGGGCAAUUCACCCGUCUCUGUUCUGGUCUUGGCCAACAACAAUCUUGGGGGUUGCAUUCCAGGCAGCAUUGGUAAGAUGGGAAAAACCCUAAAUGAGAUCAUCCUCAUGAACGACAAUCUCACUUCAUGCUUACCUCCUCAAAUCGGCCUUCUCAAAGAGGUUACCGUGUUUGAUGUGAGCUUCAAUCAUCUCCAAGGCUCACUGCCACCCGCCAUUGGCAAGAUGAAGAGCUUGGAGCAGCUGGAUGUUGCCCACAACAGUUUCACCGGUGCGAUUCCGCCCACCAUCUGUCAGCUGCCCAGAUUGGAAAACUUCACCUAUUCUUUCAACUACUUCACCGGAGAGGCUCCUGUUUGUGCUGCCAUUACUGGUGAUGGUCGCCAGAAUUGUAUCCCAGGAAAGACGGACCAGCGGUCCUCUAGUAUGUGUUCCUCUCAAGCUGCACGUCCUGUGGAUUGCAGCAAGUCCAAAUGCGGCGGCGGCAGCACCAACGCUGGUGGUUCCCCUCCCAAGAAAACCCCUCCUGUGCCCAGCCCAACAACGCCAGUUGGUCCUUCCCCGCCACCACCACCUUCUUCAAAGUCUUCGCCUUCCACCAGAUCACACCCACCACCACCCCAAUCACAACACUCGUCCGUGCCUCCUCCCGCCAAAUCAUAUCAUUCCCCACCUCCUCCAAAGCAGUCCCCCAUGACAUCCCCGCCACCGCCCCCACCUACUGAAAAGGUAUCACCAAGGACGCAUCUUCCGCCACCGCCGCCGCCGCCUCCACCACCACCACCACCUCCAUCAUCAAACCAGUAUCGUUAUUCGCCACCACCCCCACCCCCACCAUCCUCAUCAGAACAUUACAGUUCACCACCUCCAUCAUCGAAUCAUUACCACUAUUCAUCACCACCACCGCCACCAUCCACAUCAGGACAUUACAGUUCGCCACCUCCGUCAUCAAACCACUAUCAUUAUUCACCACCACCACCACCACCACCCACCGAAAAAGGAUCACCAAAUACCCAUUUUGUACCACCACCGCCACCACCUGUCUAUCCACAUAUGACACCGCCAUCCCCACCCCCGCCCUCACCUUCAUCACCAAAUCCGCCCCCAGAGUCUGAGAUGCCUCCGUCACAUCAACAACAGCCUCCAUCACCUGGGCCUUUGCAUCCUCUUCCUCCGCCACCAUCUGGAUGUGGCACUCCUGGAUCCCUACUCCCACCACCACCACCGCCACAUUCUCUACCAGUACCAUUGGCACCAGCACCCAGCCAUCACCACUCACAAUCAUACCCACCUCCCUCACAACAUUGGCAUCAUCCACCACCGUUACACCAUCAAAAUUCUCCACCACCCACCAAAAACCCAUAUUCGCCCCCUCCACCGCCUCCGGAUAACGUGCCAUUGCCACCAGUUAUCGGGGUAUCGUAUGCAUCUCCUCCUCCCCAGGAAUCCCCUACUACUGAUCUAUUUGAUAUCCAAUUUUAAAUCUCUUCCAUUCAAUCAUAUCUUUCCUGUGUAUUUGUCUAAAGGACAAAGACACCGAAGCGAGAAUUCUAUGCUGCAACAAAGAGCAAUGAACGAAGGAUCGCAGCAAGGAAGAGUUCCAUCUCGUGUGUCUUUUAUUGUAAUGCUGCUUUGUGUCUUUUUUGAGGGUUGCUUUCCUAGCAAUAAUCUAGCUUCACCUUUCUGCUUCUUGUUACUUAUGUAUUCUUAUUAAUUUAUAUGAUGAAGAUAAUGAUACAGACAUGGGUUUUGGAAGAGGGGCA